CGGGCCCCACACGACUGGGAAUAAAGCCGGGCUUGUCUGGCCCGCGGAGGCCUCGACACGCUGGUGCGCGCUUUCAGUCGGGAGGGUCUGGCCGGAUUACUCUGGAGCUGGGAACCUGCCGGGGAGCUAGCGUCCACAGAGCUAAAUUGAAAAAAGAGCAAAGACCUCUUAAAAGUCAUUUGGAAAUAUCUCUGAAUAUUGUAACUGUUUAUAAGCAGCUAAAGAGAAAUGGAUCUCCAGCAAAACUAACAGAAUAAUUGAAGCAGGUUUACGUGUGUGUCAUCAGUUCUAUCCAGAAGUUGAAGAACCUUCCUUUGAGUUUAACGAUUGUGUGCAUUUUAUGAGAGAAUGACUUUUCAAUUUAAUUUCACUAUAGAAGACCAUCUGGAAGAUGAAUUAACAUCCCUUGGAGAUGGAGCUUUGGCCCUAGAUUCCUCAGAACAGUCUUCAGUCUCAGAAAGACAAAAAGGUACACAUAGAGACAAAAAACGUCCUACAGAACAGUUUGACCUGCUUCAGGAUCAUUUGUGGGAGCAUAAGUCAGCAGGAAAUGCAGGUCCCUCUCAAGACACAGGCAGCUCACUCAAUGCAGCUAACAGUUCAAGUAGCUUGGAGCCACAUGAAAAACAGCCCUGCUUUAGAGUUGCCAAAGAGCAUGCUAUGCCUAAAGAUUUAAAGAAAGUGUUAGAAAAUAAAGUCAUAGAAACAUUACCAGGUCUCCAGCAUAUGAACAUAUCAGUAGUGAAAACCAUCUUGUUGAAAGAGAACUUCCCUGGAGAAAACAUCAUUUCAAAAAGCUUUUCUGCUCACUCUGAUCUGAUUACAGGUGUUUAUGAAGGAGGUUUAAAAAUCUGGGAAUGUACCUUUGACCUCCUGGCAUAUUUUACAAAGGCCAAAGUGAAAUUUGCUGGGAAAAAAGUGUUGGAUCUUGGUUGUGGAUCAGGGUUGCUGGGUAUAAUGGCGUUCAAGGGAGGUGCCAAAGAAAUUCAUUUUCAAGAUUAUAACAGUGUGGUGAUUGAUGAAGUAACCUUACCUAAUGUAGUGGCUAACUCCACUUUGGAAGAUGAAGAAAAUGAUGUAAACGAACCAGAUGUGAAAAGGUUCAGGAAAUCAAAAGUAGCACAAGCACUAUGUAAAUUCCGGUUCUUUUCUGGGGAGUGGUCUGAGUUUUGUAAGCUUUUACUAAGCAGUGAAGAACGUUUUGAAAAAUAUGAUCUCAUUCUUACCUCAGAAACCAUUUACAAUCCAGGUUAUUAUGGUCCUCUGCACCAAACAUUCCUUAGAUUGUUAGAUAAAAAUGGACGGGUGCUUUUGGCCAGCAAAGCACAUUAUUUUGGUGUGGGUGGAGGUACUCAUCUCUUUCAGAAGUUUGUUGAAGACAGGAAUGUAUUUGAGAUGAGAACGCUCGAAAUAAUUGAUGAAGGACUAAAGAGAUUCCUAAUUGAGAUGAAUUUUAAGUACCCCAGUUAAUGCCCACUGAGUGUCCUAAGUGAAAUAAACAAAAUAACCAAAACUUGAA